CCUUCUUCCGUCGCGUCAGAUCCAACAUGGCGGCGCCCCAUGCCGUGGUCGCGGUGGAGGCAGGCAGCGGUGAACCGGGGCUGGUUCUGAAGGACUCAUCCACCGGGGACGUGAGGAGGCCUCAGUUCGGGACUCGGCUGCUCACGGACCCGCGGCAGGUGUUCCAGCACAACGCGUGGGACAACGUGGAGUGGAGCGAGGAACAAGAAGAAGCUGCUAAGAAUAAAGUCUUGGAAAACAGUCAGCCUCUACCUCAGCAGAAACAAGAGGAAUACGAAGGCCGGGCCAAUGAGUACUGGAACGAUUUCUACACAAUCCACGAGAAUCGGUUCUUCAAAGACCGACACUGGCUCUUCACGGAGUUCCCAGAGUUGGCCCCGAAGUGUGGCCUCCUGAACCCCGAAUCCCAUCCUGAAGACUCCGGCACAGAUGGCGUCCAGCAGGACCGUCUGGAUCAAGAGCGAAGCAGAGAGGUCGAAGACGGUGACUUUCCUGGCUCCUCUGCCACACAUCGCAUUCUGGAGGUUGGCUGCGGUGUAGGAAACACGUGUUUUCCGAUACUGAAAACCAACAAUGACCCGGGCCUCUUUGUUUACUGCUGUGAUUUCUCCAGCACUGCUGUGGAGUUGGUGAAGACUAAUCCAGAGUACGACCCUGAGCGCUGCUUCGCCUUUGUUCAUGACUUGAGUGACGUGGAAGCCAAUUACCCCGUCCCCGAUGGAACCCUUGAUGUUAUAGUGCUAAUCUUUGUACUAUCAGCAUUGCAUCCUGACAAGAUGCAGGCAUCCAUCAGUAGAUUGGCGCGGCUCCUUAGGCCUGGGGGAGUGAUGCUGCUCAGGGACUAUGGACGCUACGACAUGGCACAGCUCCGCUUCAAGAAAGGAAGGUGUCUGUCAGAAAACUUCUAUGUCCGAGGUGAUGGAACAAGAGUAUAUUUCUUUACUCAAGAUGAGCUUCAUGAGCUGUUCGCUGAGGCAGGACUUGAGAAAGUGCAGAACCUUGUAGACCGAAGGCUCCAGGUGAACCGAGGGAAGCAGCUCACCAUGUACAGGGUGUGGAUCCAGUGCAAGUACCGCAGGGCUCGAGUUCAGCCGGCUGAGAACCAGGACUGAGGCCGGAGGAGAGCCGCCGCCUGCCUGUGACCUUCAACCACAACUGAAACUCGCAGCUGAAAUCAAGGCGUUGCUUUGUUUUUCUCAGAGGAUGUAUGGAAUUGAAAAGGUCUAUUGGGAGAAAGGCCAUGCAACUGGAUAGUUUAUAUACUCUAAAGACUGUACACUCUCCCAGCAGCUGUAAUAUCGACGGACUGUUUUUUUGGCGAGUGCGUCUGAUGGUGCUGCAGAGUAAUGACUUCUCAUUGCCUGCUGAUGAGAAAGGGCUGGUUACCCCGGAAAAUAAACAUUUCUGCUCUGCCAGAGGCGAUUUUUCAACGAGCUGAAGUUUUGAUACUAAUCGCAUGUUUAAGAAAAAAAAAACAAAAAAACACUCGACUCAUUUUUGUACAUGGAAAAAUUAAAUAAAGAUCUGAACUGUAAA